AUGUCUCCACAAAAGACAUCCCCUGGGGAGCACGCUGAGUACAUUGCUGACAGGAGAUCUUCAGCUCAAGAUCUACCCAAAGGAACACGCCAUCUAACCCAGAGGCAACAUUUCCACGCUCACACCCUAAGGAACGCGGAGAACCAUGCCGGUGAAGUUUAAGACUAUCUUCAGUGGUGUUGUGUUGACCAAUAUGAUCAGACACGUCAUUGUCACAAUAUAGAACCCAUCCAUGGCCAUUCUGAGUACGACACCCAUUACAAAUGGCUAGAGUCUCGCAAGUCAGCGUCCUACCAGCCAACCAGGGAGGAGCUGUCUAGGGAGGCGGGACUACGGUCUGCUGAACUGGGUAUCCUGCAUGAACCACAGAUGCAGGCCAAGAAGCGCGUGGGAACGUACGCGCCCACCGUCCCGUUUGCGCUCGAGUGGGAGGACCCCCUGCAGCCUCCCGACGUGGUUAUAUCCAAGGACCCCCCUGUCAUGGAGAAAGUGCGAGAGUCGGUCGAGAAAAUGAAGACCUACAAGUUGGAAAAGAAGCUAAGGGAGAAGGAAAAGAGAAGGAGGGAGGAGAAGAGAAGGUUAGAGGAGAAGUACGACCCACCGACUCCACCAGCUCCGCGACCGGACAAGUCACGUGAGAGGCCGCGGGAGAGACCGCGAGAAGAGCGAGCCCCGGAGAGGAAACCCGCUAUUAAAGAGAGAGGACAAGGCGACAAGGCAAGACAGAAACCAGGGGAUAAAAAGGAGGAGAAAGGUGGUGGAAAAAAAGAUGAAGGAAAGGAGGAGAAGAAGGAGAAGCACCACCGUCCGCUCGAGAUAAAGGCCGGUCUGAAGGGCGAGCGCAGGAAGUUCCCCACGAUGCUGUCCGAGUACCAGCGACAGUUCUAUGAACAGCAGAAGCUGAAGGACCAGUCGCCUGUCAUGGCAGCAGACCAGAUGGUGUACAACUCCAACCCGGCGCUGGCUCCGUACCGUUCCGAUCUCAUCCCCCGCGCCACGGAGUACAACAGACAGUUCAAGGUGCCCAAACGUGUGGCCGUGGCAGAGAGCGUGUCCAGCGACAGGAGCAGGGACAGAAGGAAGAAGUCUAAAUCUACCAAGAAGGAGAGGAGAGCUAGAUCCCUCUCCCCGGAGCGGCUCCCUCCGGCCGGCAAACCCACCGAGUUCAUGCCUGUAGUCUGGAACGACCCUCGACCAAUCAAAAACUUUGGCCACCUGAAAAAGUCGCCCCACAAGCUAGAUAACCCUCACCCCAAGAACUGGAACUGGAGAUCAGAGUACAACUCCAACUACAAGUCCCCGACCAGUUUUGAGUACAGAGGAGGGACAUGGAGAGGUGCUGACCCACCACAUCUACAGCCCAGAAAGGUCAUGGAGCUGCGUAAGAAGGCAGACGACUACCGACGACGUUCCCACGGGACGCACUUCUCCCGCGACCACCUCCUGCAGCUGAUGGCGCGUCAGAACGACAUGUGGGACCAGUCAGAGAGCGAGAGCACCGUGUCCGCCCUGUCGCUGGCCUCAGAUCCGGUAGAUAAAGGACAUGCCAGAAGACGUCGGCAAACGUCAGACCCGCCCAAACGCUCCGCCCCUCCCACCGAGAAGCCACGCCCAGGUCACAGGUCAGCGUCCUCCUCGCCCGAGGAAGAGAAGCGGCCGGUUCAGCGGAAACUGGCGUGGGACGAGCGAGGUGGAGGGGACAGCAGUAUUGGCAGUAUCCCCAGUCAAGGGCGUGGCAGCCAUGCGUCUGCGUCUUACACCUCCUCAGCCACGCUGACGGAAGACGUGGAUGAUGACGGCAGAGUGGCCACCCCGGAACUGAAGAAAGUCACAGCCCCAGUCAGGAGACAUCACUACGACAGAACCACACCUGCUUUGGGAGGUGCACUGCUGGUGAAGUCUCCUCCACCUGCCAGGAAACACACCAGUCCUGCCAAGACACAGCCAGCUCACAGGCCAAAGACAGCCCCUGCACCACAGCCCUCUCGGCCUGCUGGGAAGACGUACCACGUGGCAGACUUCUACCGCAGCCCGUCCCCCACGGCGGGGCGGCCCACCCCUGACCCCUACCCCCUGCGCGAGGAUGGGUACUCCCCGGGGUCGCCCAUGGAGCAGCGUUAUCCACCCCGCAUCAGGACACAGCCCGUCUCAGCAUCCGGACAAAAUGGCCGCCCCAUGACACCGCCACAUCUUGAUGACGAUCGAAUGUCACUCAUCUCUGAACGGUCAGCUUCAAGCCUGUCUCUCGCCUCCUCUGUUCUGGAACGAGCCCAGAAACGGCGCGACCAGUUCUGGGGUAAAGGGGAGCAGGGAAGGUGAAGUCAUCGAACAACAGAAAAUCUGCAGUAUUUCGUAACUAAUGCUGUUAUGUAAAGAGCCAUGCACAUUGUGUAAGAUACAGUAAUGUCAUCGCAACUAUUUUAUACACAUUGCUGCUUCAGUGUACCAAAGCGGUGUAUCGUUUUAUAGAAGUGUGAACCGGUCUUUUUGACUACGUACGGGUGUUGCUGUUUUGAAUUGAAAUAGUUGUUUGUAGCAUGCAGACACUAGCCUGGUGUCCAUCUUGGGGAGCGGACCAAAGCUAACAAGGCUGGACACCAGGCUAUGCAGACACGUGCUGUUCACUACUGAUGUAUUUUUGUAAAUGGAAGUAAAUAAUGGUUACUGCAUUGCCAGUUUGAGAACAAAGUUCUAGUAUGCUGCUAAAGACUGAAAAAGAUGUAUAGGUAUAUUUCUAUUUGCAGUGUAUGAUUUGUAGUCUUUUGUAAUUGACUUGGAGCUUUUAUGUUUCUCAUAAAAAGUGUUCAGUAGGGUAUGGUGUUGAAAAGUAGAAAUAUAUCCUGUAUGGAAAUGUGAA